GUUUUGUUAUGUCUCUCUAUCUUUGGAGGUUCGCUCUUGGCCAUUCGGGUCUUAGUUCGCGAGACAUUGUUCAACAAUCGCGGUGAAUUUUAGCGAAAAUAGUUGGGAAUAGCGCCCCUAAAACAACCCCCAGGAAUCUGUGAAUGUACCGUGAAGUGUCGCAAGUACUGUGAGAAAGCAAAAAAUAGUAAAAUUUUGUGGAUUUUUCUGUGAUUUUGUGUUGCAAAAGAGCUCAAUAUCCAUUGAACUCCCAACAAGAUGGAGAACGUCAAUUUUUCCUGAUUGUUGCUCUCUCCUGGCUAUUCAAGUGACUUUUUCCGGUGUUUUUCGUGAAAAUAUUCUGUGUUUGGGUAUUAGGAAGUGCUAAAGAGUGUUCUAGGGAUCUAUUAAAAUGCCCAAAUUGGGCAAAUUGUGGUGGAAAAGUGAAGAAAUUUGAGAAAUUGCUGACGCGUGCGGCUUUCUUGCCACUUUGGAAGCUCCUGGCAGGACGCCUCGUGAGGAGCUUUGGGAAGUUUGCAGUGAAUUUUAUUGAGAGAGACUCUGUACCAAGUCCCAGUAUCAUUCCCGUGUCCAGAAACUCUGUGACACUGUGUAAAAAAGAGCCCCAAGUGAGAGUGAAGUGGCUGCUGGAGAGAGUCUCCGUGGGCGAGGAUCACCCACGCAGGCUAAUGAUUGAGAUUUCCGGGAAGAACAGUCCCCAAUUGCAAUGACAUUCCCCGCCCAAAACACUUCCCAAAUCACCAAUCUUCAGUGAAAAUAGUGAAAAGUCUGUAAAAUAAAACCCCUCCACAAUCUGCCAAGGAAGCACCAGAAAACCUUCCAAGUUCAGAUCCCAACAAAGUCACAGGAAGUUCGUUCCCCUCUACAAUGCGUGAGUUCAAGGUCGUGGUGCUGGGAUCAGGAGGCGUGGGCAAGUCUGCCCUCACCGUCCAAUUUGUGUCCGGAUGCUUCAUCGAGAAGUACGAUCCCACCAUUGAGGAUUUCUACCGGAAGGAGAUUGAGGUUGACAACUCACCGUGUGUUCUGGAAAUUUUGGAUACAGCCGGAACAGAACAGUUUGCCUCAAUGAGGGAUUUGUACAUAAAAAAUGGCCAUGGAUUUAUUGUUAUGUAUUCACUAACAAAUCAUCAAACGUUUCAAGAUAUAUCAAAUAUGAAAAAUGUUAUUAGUCGUGUUAAGGGAAGUCAACCGGCUCCUAUUCUCCUAGUCGCCAAUAAACUAGAUUUAGAAUGCCAAAGAGAAGUCUCCACACAGGAAGGAAACACCCUCGCAGAACUGUGGGAUUGCCCCUUCAUUGAGGCCUCCGCCAAAGAUCGCAUCAACGUGAAUGAGGUAUUUGCCACGAUAGUGCGAGAGAUGAAUAUGACGUCGGAAAAGCGCCAAAAGAAAUCCUACUGCUGCUGUACACUGUUAUAGAAGGAGAACCGGAGUCGCCCCUCUCUCUGCAAUCUUUCCAUUCUAACCAAUUUAUUUUAGGUGAGCAACACAGAAAAAAAAAAUAUUGCGAAAUAACAUUCAAAACAAAACAAAAAGUAGGGACACUAAGGGAAGGAUUUUUAAAAUAUAAGAUUGUGUCUUAAAAUGUCCUUCCUUUGAUCCCUGAAAGAACUAAAAGUGAGGACGGCAUUUUUUUGUAUAUUUCUUUUUUUUAAGUAAUAAUUUUAGCAUAAUUUUACUGUGUAUACUAAUUUUGUUGUGUUUUUUUUUACUGUGAGAAAAAAGAGAAAAUAUAACUGAUCUUUUAGGACUCAAAAAAAAAGAUAGGAAAACACAAUUUUUAUGUGAAAAAAAAUCAAUGUGUAUUUUUGGGAUCAAAAAAAUAAAUAAAAGAAAAAAUUACCAUGGAGAAGGAAGUGGUGAAAAAAUGUCGAUAAUAAUUUUUUAAAUAGUGAAAAGAAAUGGUAAAUCUUGUAGAUUUUUUUUUGUUCUGGGGAAAGAGCAAAUUACAUUGGGAUUUUCUCAAAUUCUUUUUGUGUGUCCAUCGAAUAGAAGGAUUUGUAGAAAAAAAUAUGUGCGGGAGAUUUCUAAGGUGAGAAAAAUAUCAAAUAACUACCGAAAAAUUAAAAAAAAAUCAUAUUUGUAUUGAAAUGCAAAAAAAAAGUGAGAAAAUUUAGUGUUAAAUAAACUUAAGACAUUUCAAAGAUGUUUGGGGGAUGAGAAUGUGAGAAAAAAUGUAGUUGAUAGAGGAUAGAAAAGAAUAUUUUUGCACAAUUUCGAAACGACAACAUUCAGAAUUUUUACCAAGAGAAAAAGGAGUUGAAGAAUUAAUUAGAAAAAAGAACUAAAUUGAUUCUCAAAUUUAGGAAAAAGAACUUUUUUUUAAAAAGAGAUGAAAGAAAUUUUGGAGUCUCUGUGAAUGCUGGGCAAAUAAAAGUGGACAAAGUGACGAAAUACAAUUAUUAAUCAUGUGUUUUUUGUAAUAAUCAAAUAAAUGAUGAAGUAUUAAAGAAA